AUGCAGCGCAUGUACGACCUCGUGGUCAUGGGCGGCGGCAGCGGCGGUAUCGCGUCCGCGCGCCGGGCAGCCACGUACGGCAAGAAGGUCCUCGUCGUCGAGCGCGGGCGCCUCGGCGGGACGUGCGUCAACGUGGGCUGCGUGCCUAAGAAGGUCAUGUACGCGGCCGCCGACCUCGCCCAUAGCAUGCGGCACGACGCGCCAGCGUAUGGCUUUCCCGCAGUGCCCAACACGACGGUGGACUGGGCUACGCUCAAGCAGCGCCGCGACGCCUACGUCACGCGCCUCAAUGGCAUCUACGCGCGCAACCUCCAGGGCUCGGGCGUCGACUUUGCACACGGUCUGUGCAGCUUUGGCAGCGACGGACGCCGAGGCGACGAACGUUUGGUGGCCGUCGGCGGCCAGCCCGUGAUGCCCGACAUUCCUGGCAUCGAGCACUGCAUUAGCUCGGAUGGUUUCUUUGAACUCGACGAGCGCCCGGCCCGUGUUGCGGUGGUGGGCGCCGGCUACAUUGCCGUCGAGCUCGCCGGCGUGUUGCGCGGCUUGGGCUCGGACACGACGAUCUUCUGCCGCCAGCAAGGCGUCCUGCGCUCGUUCGACGACAUGCUCCAAUCGGUCCUCCAUGACGCUUUCAAGCGCGACGGGAUCACACUGCAGCCGCACAGCACGGUCGCUCGCGUCGACAAGGUCGAUCCGGCGACGGGCACUCUCAGCCUAACGACGACGGCGGGCGACUACCAUACCGGCUUUGACUGCGUCCUUGUGGCCACGGGCCGGACACCGAUGACCAAGCACCUCGGCCUCGAACAUCGCGGGAUUGAAUUGUCGCCCAACGGCUUUAUUCCCGUCGACGCGUACCAAGCGACGAGUGCCCCCGGUGUCUUUGCCCUUGGCGACGUGGUCAAUACGGCGGCGCUGACCCCGGUCGCCAUUGCAGCGGGCCGGCGCUUGGCCGAUCGACUCUUUGGUGGCCUCCCGGACGCUAAGGCCGACUACACCAGCAUUCCGUCGGUCGUCUUUAGCCAUCCUCCGAUCGGCACGAUCGGGCUCACGGAGCAAGAGGCCCGCAAGGUCUACCGCGAGGACGAAAUCAAGGUGUACAGCUCCAAGUUUGUCAACAUGCACUACUCGUUGUACGAGCACGCGCACGAAAAGCCGACGACAGCCAUGAAGCUCAUCUGCGUCGGUCCCACCGAGAAGAUUGUCGGAUUGCACGUCAUUGGGCGCGGCGCCGACGAGAUGCUCCAGGGCUUUGGGGUCGCGAUCAAGAUGGGUGCGUGCAAGAAGGACCUCGACGCGUGCAUUGCGAUUCACCCGACGGCCGCCGAAGAGUUGGUGACGCUCGCGCCGUGGGGCUUGUAA